AUGCCACACGAACGCAGGACGCUUCAACUACAAGACGAUAAUGUUGUUCAAGAAGAACUCCGAUGGGCACCUGGCGUUCCAGACUGUGACUUGCUCAUGUACCUUCGCGCGGCGCGCUCCAUGGCAGCCUUUGCAGGAAUGUGCGACGGAGGAAGUGCAGAGGACGGAUGUGUGGCAGCAUCGAGAGACGACACGACGAUCAACGCCCUGAACCACCUUCACGACAGCGAGUACGACACUGGCAAAGCAUUGCAGGCGCUUGUGAAGAACCCGAGAGGACGCACAAAUAAUAAUAAUAAAUUUAACGAAGAGGACCAGAAGAAAUUCGUACGAGGUCUACGUCAGUUCGGCAAGAAUUUCUCUCGGAUACGCAAAGAACUACUCCCCAACAAAGAGACGUCCGAGCUCGUUGAGUAUUACUAUUUGUGGAAGAAGACGCCGGCCGCCCUCGGAUGCAGGCCGCAUCGACGGCCCCGAAGAAGCAACACGAGACGGCCGCCGAAAGGAGACAAGAAGGGCAAAGGAAAAGAACAAGCUAAUCAUGAGGAUUCGAACGGUAUCACCGACUUCGAGUUGGUGCUGAGUACAGCCCCGCAGUGCUCGGUGUGCCUGAUCGCCACUCCGCGCGACUGGUUCAUGGCAAAAGGCAAAGAUCUCUACUGCUACGAUUGUUCGAUAAAGAAAAGUGGAGAAAGUCCCGCUUUCCUCUGCCAACCGGUCGGAGUCGUUCUCGGUGACACCGGCAAGUGGUACGUCAAAACGAAAACGCCCCCUCAACAGAACGGCAAGGACAAAGAAGCCAGACAGCAACAACAACAGCAACAAACACCUCAAGCGUUACAGCAGCCAUCGCAACAACAACCUCGAACCCCGCAAGAAGACGGAAUAAAGAAAGAAAACGGCACGCCCGACCUGGAAGACGAACGGAAGGCCGACACGAACGAGAACAGCUGCAGUAGCAGCGCCGGCGGAGAUACACCCGCGAACGUAACUGACGUCAGUAUGCCUGAUAGCGUCAAACAAGAAAACGCACCAACUCCCCACGGGGAGUCGUUGAAACGAGCUCCCAGCGAAGUCAAGCAGGAAUCCAUGGAAGUUUCGCAAGAGCCCGAUAGCGCUACAUGUGCUGCUCCUGCUGUAAAUAAUCAGACAAACAGUCCGAAUAGUAGUAAUUAUAAUGAAGUCUCGUCAACCGCGGCCAGUACUCCGACAGAAACGCGUUCCACCGAUUCGGCGGUCGACAGCAAAGACCAAGCCAAGAAGCAAGCACAGGAUUCUUCAUCACAGAAUGAACUCAGUCCCAAUGGCUCCGUGCCCUCAGCCGAGAACCUCAAGAUCAAAUAUAUCGUGAUCAAGAAAAUCCCAAUUAUAAUUUUGAUGAUGGUGAUCAGUACUCAGUACUCAGUUCCGACGUCGAUUUCACCGAAGGCAGAAGCCGAGAAUUUGGUGAAGAAGGAAGAAGUCAGGGAGGAAGCAUCGGCACCGGCGCAGCCUCCGCCGCUAUCGUUACCGUUCAGCAUCGGCAACGUCAUGGAACCGAAGAGGGAACAAGAAACGCGCGAAAUCGCCUAUUCUCCCGCGAAAUCUCUUGUCUCUCCGAAGACCGAAGAAGUGUAUGUGAAACAAGAGGUGUCAAGACGAACUCCUGACACCCCUCGAGCGACCCCGCCCGCGAUGUCGUUCGAGCGCCGCAUGACGCCGCCUGUUUCCGGUCCUGUUUCGUCAUCAGCGAUGCCACCGAAAAUGUCUCCCCUGUCCAUAGCAGCGUUAACUGCUCCGCUGACCUCAUCGCCGUCCUGCGAAUCGCCUCGUCCCAAACGCGAAAUGACGCCCAGCGGAAGUCCUCGAAGCAGCCCGAAGGUCCAUCCCACGAACUAUCCAGUUCCGUGGGGAUUCCCGCCGUUCCUAGCCCCAGCCAAUCCAGCUUCGAGGCACAUGUCCGGAGCUCCUUCUCCGUUUCCCUCGCUGUUCGGGGGCUAUCCCGGAAUGCCGGGUCAUCCACCGCUCUUCGGAGGCUUGGCUGGGGCGCCCAACGCUCUACAGCGGGGCCACGGACAGAACGAGAACGCCGAGGACGCCAACGAUCUAGCGGCGGACUCCGAGCGUCGAGGUCCGAGCCCCGAGCCGAAAAUCGAGGACUCCGAAUGCCAUCGGAGCCAGUCGGCGAUCUUCCUACGGCAUUGGUUCAGAGGUGAAUACAACUCGUGCGCGCGGACGGACUUGACGUUCAAGCCGGUUCCGGAUUCGCGUUUGGCACGGAGGAGGGAGGAGCGAGCGAGAAAAGCACAGGAAAAAGAAGAAGCAUCGCGACACAAGCAACAGGCCGAGCAGCAGGCGGCUCUGGGCCAGAAUCCAUUCCCACAUCCACCGAUGGCCAGUUCCAGCAGACAGGCGCCCGCCUCCCAGCAGAGGAAUCAGGGCGGUCAGCCCUCACCGCUUGGGCAUCUGGGCGCACCGGAUAGUCCGGCUCUGAGGCAGCUCUCAGAAUUCGCUCGGCCGCCCGCGGGUCUCCCCAUGAUGUUCCCUGGACACCCAGCGGGACUGCGACCUGCACCCGGACUAACAGCUCAUGGUAUCGACCCGUACAUGCAUUAUCAGCUUAUGAAUAUGUAUGCUCAAGUAGCAGCCAGAGAUAUGGAAAUGAAAGCCGAGAUGGAGAAACAAAUGCAGAAUCAACGCAACUUGAAAGAACAGCAACAGCGAGAAAGAGAACGGGAGCAGAGAGAACAGAGAGAGCGCGAAAGAGAGAGAGCUGAACGAGAAGCGAACGAGAGAGCGGCGGCGCUUGCGGCAGCCCAGCAGGCGGCCGUCGCACCGAUGUUCUCGAUGGGCGACCCGUGGUUGAGCGCUGAUAGAAGAUACCCUGCCGGAGCUGGUCCCCCCUUCGGUAUGUUCCAAGUUCCUGGAGCUCCGAACCCCGGGGACCCGAGCAGACCUUUGGAUCUUGCCUCUGAUCCCCUCGCAGCGAUGCGGCUGCAAGCGGGCGGCGCGGCGCAGUCAGCCAGCGGAGAACUCCAUACUCACGCCCACACGCACCUGCAUCUCCACGAUACCGGAGUCCCAGGUGGACCUCCGUCGGGAGCCCCACCCCCUCCGCCAGCGGGAGCACACUCUGCGGCGGCAGCUGCUCUCCUCCGGCAUUCAGUCAAUUACGGGGAACAACUUGCUAUGGUGCAGCACGAGCAGCUACAACGGCAAAUAAUGUUCGAACGAUUACAAGCCAUGCAGAACCCGCUGCUCGUUCAGCACGAGGAAAUGUUGCGGCAUCAACACCAGCAACAUCAGCAGCAUCAACAACAUUGA